GGGGCUGCUCGGCCGUUGGAGGCGGAGGAGAAGCAAACGGCUGUUUUCGGAGGCGCCCCUCCCCCGCUCCCCUCAGCGCCCGGUCGGGGAGGCGGCCGGAGCCGACGCGAGGAGACCAGCCGCCGACCGAUGAGAUGUGCAGCACUGUGUGAUCACCUGAUAAUUCCCUGAAGAGGAAGAAUUUGCGGCAAGUGGAGGGAAUUUCCUGUUGUCAAAGGAACAUAAGUGCUAAACCAUCUUCAGCAGGAUGGGGUCAGAAAACCCAAGCCCGCAAAAUCCCAGCUGUAAAAUUAUGACGUUCCAUCCAACGCUAAAAGAAUUCCAGGAUUUUGGAAAGUACAUUGCUUAUAUUGAAUCCCAAGGUGCUCACAGAGCAGGACUGGCUAAGGUGAUUCCUCCCAAGGAAUGGAAGCCACGCAAGAGCUACGAUGAUAUCGACAGCAUGGUGAUUCCUGCUCCCAUUCAGCAGGUGGUGACUGGGCAGUCGGGGCUCUUCACCCAGUACAACAUUCAGAAGAAGCCCAUGCUGGUUGGAGAUUACCGGCGUUUGGCUAACAGCGAGAAGUACUGUACUCCUCGUCAUCAGGAUUUUGAUGAUCUGGAACGCAAAUACUGGAAAAAUUUGACUUUCGUGUCUCCUAUUUAUGGGGCAGAUAUCAGUGGUUCCUUGUAUGAUGCAGAUGUGGAAGAGUGGAAUAUCGGGAAUCUGAACACUCUUCUUGACAUGGUGGAACAUCAGUGUGGAAUUAUCAUAGAAGGUGUGAAUACCCCCUACCUCUACUUUGGGAUGUGGAAGACCACGUUUGCGUGGCAUACGGAGGACAUGGAUCUCUACAGCAUCAACUACCUGCAUUUUGGGGAGCCCAAAUCAUGGUACGCUAUACCCCCAGAACACGGCAAGCGGCUGGAAAGACUGGCAAAAGGGUUUUUUCCUGGGAGCUCUCAAGGGUGCGAUGCCUUCCUCCGUCACAAGAUGACCCUCAUUUCGCCCUCUAUCUUGAAAAAAUACAGUAUCCCUUUUGACCGGAUCACCCAGGAAGCCGGAGAGUUCAUGAUUACUUUUCCUUAUGGCUACCAUGCGGGGUUCAACCAUGGAUUCAACUGUGCAGAGUCCACCAAUUUUGCUACCCUGCGAUGGAUUGAUUAUGGCAAGAUGGCCACACAAUGCACGUGCCGGAAAGAUACCGUGAAGAUCUCAAUGGAUGUUUUUGUACGGGUGCUACAACCUGAGCGGUACGACUUAUGGAAACAAGGAAAAGACACCACUGUCUUGGAUCACAUGAAACCUACAGCUUUAACCUCUCCAGAGUUGGAAGCCUGGAAUCAGACGAAAGAUGCCUUGAAAGCAAAGAUGCUACGCAGGGCAAACAGGAAACGAAGCCAGCCCCGAAGGCACAAGACACAGGAUCAGAAGUCACUUGUGGAUGUUAUGGCUGUGGAGACCACCUUGGAUGAGGUACCAGAGAAGGAGGAUCAGAGAAGGGUCUCCAGCUUGGAUGAAGAAGAAAAAAAUAAAGCAUCAGAGAGCAAAGAGGCAGGGGACUGCAAGCCGAAGCUGCGCAACCCAAAAGCCAAAGGGGAAAGGAAGAAGAAACAGCAGCUCCCGUUGCACCAGCUUCUUCCUCCGCUGCUCCUGCCACAGCCGUAUCUGCAGAAGCCGGAGGGGCAGCAGCACGUCCCUCCAGAGGAAGCACGGGCCGAUGCCGAGCGCGCUGCGGAGGACGGUCUGCCCCCCAUGCCUGACCUGAGCGCCCUGUCCUCAGAAAGCCCCGGUGAAGAGGACGAGUCCAAGCAACGGCCCAUAAUCCCAAUGCUCUACGUGGUUCCCCAGCGCAAAAAGGCCCCGUCGGAGAAGAAGCGCCUCUCCUGCCAGGAAGUCUUUGAGCGGUUUGUGAAGAAGGACCAGAUGCCCUCUUUGGAACUCGGCGUGAAAGAUGAGAGCACCAAGGGGGAGAAUGUGGAGGUGCCUGCCGAGCCCAGUAAAUUGCAGACUACUUCUACUUUCUCUAAACUCAAAAUGGAGAUCAAGAAAAGUCGCCGCCACCCACUGGGGAAGCCCCCCACCCGCUCCCCGUUGUCUGUGGUGAAGCAGGAAGCCUCCAGUGAUGAAGAAACUCUCCUGUUCCCUGGUGAGGAAGAUGUUGGUGACCCUGAGCCCCUGAAGUCCUUGCUUUCCCUCCAGUGGAAAAACAAAGCGCCCAACUUUGCAGCGGAAAGGAGAUUCAAUGCUGCCGCCGCGCUGAGUGAGCCAUAUUGUGCCAUCUGCACUCUCUUCUACCCCUACAAUCAGGUCUUGCCGAUGGAAAAAGAGACGGCCCCGCUCCCCAGUGCUGAAAGCCCCUCGCUCCAGCCACCUUUUAAAAACGGGCAGAAGACCAAGCCUCUGAUCCCUGAAAUGUGCUUCACCUCAAGCAGUGAAAACACAGAGCCCCUCCCUUCCAACUCCUACAUCGGAGAAGAUGGAAACAGCUUGUUGAUCUCCUGUGCCAAGUGCUGCCUGCAGGUCCAUGCCAGUUGCUACGGGAUACGCCCGGACCUUGUGAACGAAGACUGGGCCUGUUCCCGUUGCUCAGCAAAUGCAGUGCUAGCGGAUUGCUGUCUCUGUAAUCUCAGGGGAGGAGCCCUUCAAAGGACUACAGAUGGAAGGUGGGUGCAUGUCAUCUGCGCGAUUGCUGUCCCAGAAGCCCGUUUCGUCAACGUCCUUGAGCGCCAUCCCGUAGACAUCACUGCCGUUCUUGAGCAAAGGUGGAAGCUGAAAUGCGUGUACUGCCGGAAGCGGAUGAAGAGAGUGUCGGGGGCCUGCAUCCAGUGCUCUUACGAGCACUGCUCCACAUCGUUCCACGUCACCUGCGCCCAUGCGGCAGGAGUGCCCAUCGAGCCCGACGACUGGCCCUACGUUGUGUCCAUCACCUGCUUCAAGCACAAAGCAGCCAGCCACGUUCUUCCCUUUUCCAGGGAGGUCUCCCUGAGCCAGACGGUCAUCACGAAGAACAGGAACGGCCUCUAUUACCGGUGUAAAGUGAUUGGGGUGACAACGCAGACCUUUUACGAAGUCAAUUUUGAUGAUGGUUCUUACAGUGAUAACAUUUAUCCAGAAAACGUUGUUAGCAGAGACUGCCUUAAGAUGGGACCGCCUGCUGAGGGCGAGUUGGUCCAGCUGCACUUGACCAACGGCAUCACUUACCAAGCCAAGUUCAUUGCUGCCCACGUCAGCCAGAUCUUUCAGGUAGAGUUUGAAGAUGGCUCUCAGCUGAUGGUCAAACGUGGGGAGAUCUAUACCCUUGACGAGGAACUUCCCAAGAGAGUAAAAUCUCGCCUGUCCCUGAGCAGCGGAGCGCCUCAGGAAGAGACAGUCUCGGGAGACGACUCGAAAGCAGCCAAGCGCCCGCGGGUGGGCGCCACAAAGAGCGGCGAGGACGGCAGCCCCCGCCCCGACCACUUCGCUCUUAUGGAGACCCUCCUGCAGGCGAAGUUCUAGCCGGGACCCAAGAAGAGCUUUGCCAGGCUGGACCGUGCUUUGCGUUUCGAGGAAAGGAAAUUGGAACUCUUUGAAACACCCUUUUGCACCGCCCUGCGGAAAGUUAACUUAAGUGGAGAACCGGCGUGAGAGACCCAGCCCUUGUGCAAUAACUUGCAAAUUGACUCCUUCCUUCCAUUCUGGGUUUGGACUUUUGAGAAGCUUGUCUUGCCCUAGCCUACCUCUGUUCCUCCUGCUGACGACUUUCGAGCAGACAAAACCUUUUUCCUUGGGGUCGCGGGGUUGGGGCGGGGGGAUAACGUUUCUCCAUAGAAACAGUGAAAGAAUCCUGGCAGGCAAAGCUGUCUGUGACUGAACUUUCAAUCUUUCAUUGGUUUGUUUUCAUUGGUUAAAAAAAAGCUUCAAGAAAUGUUUGGAAUUUGCAAAGGUGACUCCAGUUUUUAAUCUCAGCCAUUUCUCUCUCCCUCUCUCUCUCCUUUCCCUUUUUGAAAAGGUGCUAUCUCCCUGACUACUGAAGCAGCCUUUUGGGAAUUAGCAAUUUGUGUAUGUAUAUAUUAUAUAUACAUAUAUAUAUGAAAAAUUGCCUUUGACAUUUUCUAUUAAAAGAAAAAAAAGGAAACAUUGUGUUUUUUAAAAGAAAUGCAAGCAAAACCAACAAAAUGAAAGAGUGAAGGGUUUUCACAGUUUUUUCCCCCUCCCUUCCUUGUAAAGCAGCUUUAGAAAUGAAUCGGGCAUCCUUCCCGGCAUUUGGGGCGAGUCACCAGAAAGGGGUCCUCUCCUGGUUCCACCAGUCUGGGCUCGCCUGGCCUCGUGGUCAGCCACAGUCCAAGUUGGGAUCCAGCACCUUGGGGGUCCUGGGGCCCCCACCCUUGCUCUUCAAAAAAAAAAGAGGAGGAGGAGGAAAGAUCCUUUGCCAUCUUGCGGAGAUGGAGAACUUAUAUUUAUUUUAUUUUAUUUUAUUUUUUAUUUUAUUUUAUUUUAUUUUGGUGGGGGGCUGAAUACCUCUUUUGUGGAAAAAGAAUAUGGGGACGUUUCUGUUAAACAAAAUACAUUUUCAAAUGAAAUGUUUUGUAAUAAAUUACACCAUUG